AUAUAUCUGCAUGGCUGAUGAGGCCGGCCGGGCACUUUCAAAAUGGCGGAGCGUGGAGUGAGAGGCGGCGGGAGCGGCGGGGACAGUCUGGACAAGAGCAUCACGCUGCCCCCCGACGAAAUCUUCCGCAACCUGGAGAACGCCAAGCGCUUCGCCAUCGAUAUAGGUGGGUCACUGACCAAGUUGGCGUACUAUUCCACGGUACAGCACAAAGUGGCCAAAGUGCGGUCUUUUGACCACCCAGGAAAGGACACAGAACAAGAUCAUGAGCCACCCUAUGAAAUCUCAGUUCAGGAGGAAAUCACGGCCCGCCUGCACUUCAUCAAGUUUGAGAACAGCUACAUGGAAGCCUGCCUGGAUUUCAUUAGAGACCACCUGGUCAACACUGAGACCAAGGUUAUCCAGGCCACAGGGGGUGGGGCCUACAAGUUUAAAGACCUCAUCGAGGAGAAGCUUCGUCUGAAGGUGGACAAAGAGGAUGUGAUGACCUGCUUGAUCAAGGGGUGCAACUUCGUGUUGAAGAAUAUACCACAUGAGGCCUUCAUGUACCAGAAAGACUCCGACCCAGAGUUCCGGUUUCAGACAAAUCACCCCAACAUCUUCCCCUACCUUCUGGUCAACAUUGGCUCUGGAGUCUCCAUCGUGAAGGUGGAGACAGAGGACCGGUUCGAAUGGAUUGGUGGAAGCUCCAUUGGAGGUGGCACCUUCUGGGGGCUUGGGGCUCUGCUCACCAAGACAAAGAAGUUCGAUGAACUGCUACAGCUGGCCUCCAAAGGCCGGCAUGCCAACGUGGACAUGCUGGUGCAGGAUGUCUAUGGUGGGGCUCACCAGACCCUGGGACUGAGCGGCAAUCUCAUUGCAAGCAGCUUCGGGAAGUCAGCCACUGCCGACAGAGAGUUCUCCAAAGAAGACAUGGCCAAGAGCCUGCUACACAUGAUCAGCAACGACAUUGGGCAGCUCGCCUGUCUCUACGCCAAGCUCCACGGCUUAGACAGGGUCUACUUUGGGGGCUUCUUCAUCCGGGGCCACCCUGUGACCAUGCGCACCAUCACCUACAGCAUUAACUUCUUCUCCAAGGGUGAAGUCCAGGCGCUGUUCCUGAGACACGAAGGCUACCUGGGAGCCAUCGGGGCGUUUUUAAAAGGCGCCGAGCAAGACAAUCCUAACCAGUACAGCUGGGGUGAGAACUACGCGGGCAGCUCCGGGCUGAUGAGCACGUCGCCCGAGCUGUACCCGACACAGCGGGCGAGAAGCGGCACAUUUGACCUGCUAGAGAUGGACCGGCUAGAGAGGCCCCUGGUCAACCUGCCUCUCCUUCUGGACCCGUCCUCCUAUGUGCCCGACACAGUAGACCUCACUGAUGACGCCUUGGCCCGCCAGUACUGGCUCACGUGCUUCGAGGAGGCCCUGGAUGGGGUGGUGAAACGGGCUGUGGCCAGCCAGCCAGAAUCCACAGACGCAGCCGAGAGGGCAGAGAAGUUCCGGCAGAAGUACUGGAGCAAGCUGCAGACGUUGCGGCACCAGCCCUUUGCUUAUGGGACACUGACUGUGCGCAGCCUGUUGGACACAAGAGAACACUGUCUGAACGAGUUCAACUUCCCAGACCCAUACUCCAAGGUGAAGCAGAAAGAAAACGGCCUUGCACUGAAGUGCUUUCAAGGUGUGACACGCUCCCUGGACUCACUCGAAUGGGAAGAGCGGCAGCUGGCCCUGGUGAAGGGGCUUCUGGCCGGGAAUGUCUUUGACUGGGGCGCCAAGGCCGUGUCCGAUGUCCUUGAAUCGGACCCCCAGUUUGGGUUUGAAGAAGCAAAGAAGAAGUUACAAGAGCGGCCCUGGCUUGUGGAUUCCUACAGCAAGUGGCUCCAGAGGUUAAAGGGGCCCCCUCAUAAAUGUGCCUUAAUUUUCGCAGAUAACAGUGGAGUAGACGUCAUUUUGGGAGUCUUCCCCUUUGUCAGGGAGCUACUCUUUAGAGGGACGGAGGUUAUCCUGGCGUGCAACUCGGGCCCCGCCCUGAACGAUGUGACCUACAGUGAGUCCCUCAUCGUGGCGGAGCGCAUCGCAGCCAUGGACCCCAUCAUUCACUCAGCACUCCAAGAAGAGAGGCUGCUGCUGGUACAGACGGGCUCCAGCUCUCCUUGCCUUGAUCUCAGCCGCUUGGACAAGGGGCUGGCCGUGCUGGUGCGGGAGCGCAGUGCAGACCUGGUAGUCAUCGAGGGAAUGGGUCGUGCCAUCCACACCAAUUACCACGCGUUGCUGUGCUGCGAGAGCCUCAAGCUGGCGGUGGUCAAGAAUGCCUGGCUGGCUGAGCGGCUGGGCGGCCGGUUGUUCAGUGUCAUCUUCAAGUAUGAGGUUCCCACCAAGUGAGGCAGCCACUCUUCAGACCCAUCUGCCCAUCCCCCGUCAGGAAUGUGAUUUUACUGCAACGAAGAACCCGUGUUCACACCAGAGUAUUUAUAAUGUGCUUCUGUGACUGACGGCGUGUGCACCUGGGCCAGCCAACCCAGCAUCUGUUGUACGUGACACUUGUGUUGGGAUGUAUUUAACUGUUAAAUAAUCUUUUAUAUAUAUAUACGUAUAUAUAUAUAAAUAUAUAAAUACAUA